UCCCCGGCUGUCACCCGAUCACACCCCACUGACAGAUCGGCCGCUCCCCCCAGUCCCCUCGCUGUCAUUGGCCGUCCCAUAGAGAGCCCGAUGAUUGGAGUGGACGGUCGGCAUCCCCCUUGGUGGGGCCCCGGUGUAACUCGAUGCACGCCGCUCUGACUCCCACUAUAUUGUCCUCUCUUGUUUAUGGAAGCCUCCACCCACCGGCCCACCCUAGAUUUAGCAGAUCAUGUGAUCCCGGUAAGUCAUUUGCAAGUACAACAGUUCUGUAUGUGUGUGUGUGUGUGAGAGUGUGUGUGUGUGCCCCAUUCAUUUCCUGAGAAGUGUGUGUAUGUGUGUGUGUGUAUGAGGAAGGCACAGACAGGGGACUUCUCUCCACCAAACCCUUUCCUCCUGAGCUCUGCAGCUCCAUCUCAGAACAGAAGUCUGUAAAAGCAGAAUGUUAAUGCUGGACGGGAUGCCGGCAGCCAGAGUCAAGACAGAGUUACUGGAAACUGAGCAAGUGUCUUCAAAAGUCCACAGCUACCCAGAUAUGGAAGCUGUACCCCUCCUCCUCAACAAUGUGAAGGCUGAGCCCCCAGAGGACUUGUUAGCCACAGACCAUUUUCAAACACAGACGGAGCCAGUGGACUUGUCAAUAAACAAGGCUCGAACCUCACCAAGAGGAGUGUCUUCUUCUCCACUGUCCAUUGCAACUUCUGCAGCUUCACCUUCAAAUUCUUCUUCUUCCUCCAGCUGUCCUGUUUCAUCUCCAACCGUGAUAACUUCGGUACCAUCAACAGCAUCAGUGCCAACAGUAUUAACUCCAGGGCCCCUUGUGGCUUCAGCAUCUGGGGUCGGUGGCCAGCAAUUUUUGCACAUUAUUCACCCCGUCCCACCUUCAAGUCCUUUGAAUCUUCAGUCUAGUAAACUAAGUCAUGUACAUCGUAUACCAGUUGUUGUGCAGUCAGUUCCUGUUGUUUACACUGCUGUGAGAUCACCAGGAAGUAUGAAUUCUACAAUAGUGGUACCUUUGUUAGAGGAUGGUAGGAGUCAUCUUAAAGCACAUAUGGAUCCCCGGGGACUGUCUCCUAGACAGAUAAAAAGUGAUAGUGAUGAUGACGACCUGCCAAACGUGACUUUAGAUAGUGUCAAUGAAACUGGGUCUACAGCUCUUUCCAUAGCACGGGCAGUACAAGACUCAGUCUCACCAUUCAGCAUUGAAAGCACAAGACGCCAACGCAGGUCAGAAUCUCCAGACUCUCGGAGAAGACGAAUACACAGGUGUGACUUUGAAGGAUGUAACAAGGUCUACACAAAGAGUUCCCACCUGAAAGCACAUAGAAGAACCCAUACAGGAGAGAAACCAUACAUGUGUACCUGGGAAGGAUGCACCUGGAAGUUUGCACGCUCUGAUGAACUAACACGGCAUUACCGCAAACAUACAGGAGUGAAGCCAUUUAAAUGUGCAGACUGUGACCGCAGCUUUUCCCGCUCAGACCACUUAGCAUUACACCGUCGGAGGCACAUGCUGGUCUGAGUUGACCAUCCAUCAAGGCAGUUAGAAAAGCCGGUUCUUUUCUACUACACGUGUUCAGCAGGUCUGAACCCCAACCACAGUGUUAAAUAAGCAAGUAAUUUACACGAGAUACAAAGUGAAGGAAUUCAACGAGAAGCUGAAGAAUUAAGUUAAAACCUGGGUUAUCCAGUCCAUGUCCAUACCUCGGAUCUGAAGACUUUCACAUGGAGGAUGAAGGCACUUUUUCAUUGGCCUCAACCAGAAUCAUUUUAAGUAGGUCCUAUUGUAUAUCUCUCUCCCACUGGGACUGAUUUUUUGCAGAAGUUGCUUCUAAUUUUGCAAAGAUAAUGUAUCAUAGAUUGUUUUGAAAAUCUUGGAAAAAGUUGACUGAUCAAUUCCAAUUUUCUUUUCUGCUGGGAAUUUUUUAAAGUAACAGUGAAAUAAUGAAAAUAACCAAUUUGUGUACGAGCAACUACAGGUACAUAUGUUUGAAAAACUGACAUCACAAACUGUUCAUGAACAGAACCUGGGAUUCUUGCAAUAACCACAGUGGUCAUGAAAUUGCUUAUAAUUUCCAUCAAGUGGAGCAGGCUUACAAAUAUCAUACUCCUUCUUUGAGUAUUCUAAAUUUUUAUUUUCAAUUUCUUUGUUGUUUGUGAAAUUAUAUAGGCCGGUAUAUUAAGUGAAGUACUGUUUUGUGUUUGUGAAUUGACUUGGCCUUGCCUAAAGCCUUCUUAUAUUUUCCCCUUUUUUGUGGAUCACAAAUCCAAAACUAUUGUACAGGCUCUCAGUAUUCUUUUUCCACACCCUUAUGUAAUACAUUUCAAAGUAUUAUGUACAUACCGGUCAGUAAUAGAUUUUUGGGCCCCUGCUUAGGGAUUAUGGGGCAAUAAGAUAGCACAAACUGGAACGGUUGCACUUCUUGCUGCUAAAGAGCAAUAAUGACUGUAUUAUAAUGGUUUUACUAUAGAUCAAGUGUUUAAACUGCAUUUUUUACCACGUCACAGGAGGCCUUUGUCAAAGUAUCCUAUAUUAUAUUUCAAAACCCUACAAUGUGUCAAGUGUAAAGGCUGCACAAGGUAAAAGAUAACAAAGAACAAAAACAUAGUAAUAACUUUACAAAAUAAUGUGAAUAAUUUUGUUGCGAGAACAUACCCUUUCCGAGCCCGUUUUCUGAAUACAAGCUAUAUAAAAUUCAGCAUAUCCUAAAGUAAUUACACAUAUCUCAUGUUUCCCUUUCAUGAUAAGGUAACACUCACAAGCUUUAUAAUGUGAAGCAAUGUACAGUGGGUCAGAGUAGAUCCUGGAGUUACUGUGCCCUGAUAUUAAUUUCCCUCCCUUUCAAGCCACCUGAAACAGCAAGGGGCUGAAGUUUAAGGCACAAUGAUCCAUACCUCUGGUCAAGAACUGCUUGUAACACUGAGCACACUGAUGGAAUGACCUUCUGCUAAUUUAUGAAUAGCUGAAGUACAUAUAUAUUUCAGUUAUACCUAGAUGAGCAACAGUCAGGGCCACCAGCUUCUCCAACAGUACAGGUACUGUUUGACUGGACUCAUGCAGGAGGCAUAUGGGCAGUAGUAGAUGGGGAAGUUCCACACAAGUGUAAUUUUCCCCAAGCUUAGUAAUGAAUGGCUAGACUGCUAUGGGAGUAGUUUUUCCAUUAAAUAUUUUACUGCCUUUUUAGUUGUUGCUAUCAGUAUCUGCACUAGUUUUUUGUUUUGUAAAAAAAAUCAAGCAAUACAUAACUUAAGCACAUUAAUUGAUACAUAUAAUAGGAACAAUACCAGUGGAAAUUAAAAUUCCUGAAAAAUAAACAUGUUAAUAACUAUUUUGUAAUAUUACCAGAGAACCUGACUAUCAAAACAUGAAAUUCAUUGCUUGGCAUUACCUUAAUAGUUGUAUUAUACAACACUCAGCACAAUUAUUCUGUUUGAUUUGUUUUCAAGCAAUAUGAUUUUCUUUUAUUACUGCACUGGCAUAGAUGAUCUGCCUGUAUUAAUGAAUACUAAGCAAUGGGAAAAGCUGGUUAAGGUUAUCUUCAAGCUUUACUUUGUGUGUCCUCAAUGCUUGUUUCGCAGUGGAUGCAGUUACCUCAACCUGCAUAGAGCUGUGCUUACUCUAUCCUCAUGACAUAGUACACAUAGAUAGGUCUAAAUGUCAUGUAAUGUGCAAAGGGGCUCAUAACGGUUCACUGAAUCAGUGGAGCUUCCCAGACUUGCCCAAAUCUUGCAUCAUUUAUAGAGAUCUGUGAUUUCUGUUGCCACCUGCAUACAUCGCAGUAGGGAUACAGUGAUCAUAUCUCCCUAUGCAAAGAUGACUGCCCCGUCCACCAGAAGCAUAUUUUAUUAAACCACCCUAAAACUCCUUGAGAUAAUGAAAAACCUUUUAAUCAUUACAAAUGUUAGAUUUCUAUUCAGAGAUUAUUGUAUAUGUUUGACUUUCCAGUAUUGUAUAAGGUACUUGUUUUAUUGUCUUAAUAUCUGUUUGGGGUAAGUGUUAUGUUGCUUGUGUAAAGUGAAUAUGUUCCUGAACUGAGAUUGUGUGUUUUGUGUAAUGCCCCCUGCGUGAUAUGAAUUAUAGGUUCCAACAGCUGAAAAGUCAAAAUGUAAAAAACAAUAACGAGAAGCACAAAAUGAGGACAAAUAGGUCUGUACUACAGCUUUUGAUAAAUACAUAAUAGAGAAUCUAAAUAUGAAAUUUCAAACUUAGGAUAAUUAGGAGUUAUACUUUUUGCUAAGAGGAAAGCUGGCAUAAAUAUCAAAGUCUAAUCGUGCAAUCUCUUUUAACUUUACAAACAACUAUGUAGCAUGAGAGCCUACUUAACUAUCUAUUUAAUUUAUUUCCACUCCAGUAGGCUGACACACUGUAUAGCUGAUGGUAAAUUUAAAGGUAUUUGUAAGAUAGAAUUUUAAUGUGUGUGGACAAACCAUUAAAUCACUUUCAAAGACAGUCACCUCAAUAAAAUGUAGGCUGUGUGCAGUGUGUUUUUGACAAAAUGGAAAAGACAAAUCCAAUACAUAGGGGUUUACUGACUAUAGGAAUAGAAACUGAUCAGCAAAUUGACCAUUCAUUGUGCUUAGUAAGGCUAAGCUGUGUUCACUUUAAUUUCUAUAUCAUGCACAAGGAAUAAAAAAGUUUUUUUUUUUUGCAGAAUAUUAUCACGAACCAAGCUCUGCUUUAUUUACUAAGCUCUGUGAACAGUCACUUUGCAAAGUGGACAGUCUCUACUCCCUUAAUAAACUCCAUUGAAUAGAACUCCAUUGCAUUGCAUACAAAGCAUGGAGUAAAAUAUCUUUAUGCCAUAUUGGAUUUCCUGUUGGGAGUUUUGAAACUGGCAUAAGUUACCAGAAUAAAAUGUGCAUUCCAAUUAAUCUGGUUUACAUUCAACAAGACAGCAGAAAAUCCAUUGUUAGCAUUACUUGUCCUACUCUCCACUAUCAGCCCUAGGCAACAGAAUGUAGAAACCACAUUUGGAAGACAUCUUGCCAGUGUCAGUAUUUAGAAAAGACUGGCUUAAUGAAUAUGCCUCCUACCAGACAUGGUGAUCAGCAGUUGGUAACCAAACAUACUUGCUAUGGUAUCAUACUGUUGCAUCGAAAAAAUUGCUAGAUGGAGCAAAGUACGCAAUGGUACACCUGCUUUGCAAAUUCUAAUUUCCUGUGGUGCACUGUUGUUAAAUUCAUUCAGCAGUGUUCUCACUUGCAUUGUUCCUAUGCUGUGUGUUGAGAGAUUCUCCACUUUAGAGUGGCUCCAACUGAAAACUUGUAUUUGCAAGCACUUGCCUAAACUGCAAUAUAAGUUUAAGAUUAUUGGGUUUAUGAAAAUGUACAUUCAAUAAAUAUAGUGUUUACUAAAUGUUACAUAGGAACUGCAUAUCCUUUGCAAGUUUUUUUUUGUGUAAAAAUACUCUUAUUCUUUUUAUUGCUAAGGAAGGGGAAAAUUGCAAUGAAAAUUCCCAGAACUGCAUGAUUGCUUUGCACAUCUUUGCAAAGAAUUACUGCUUUACCAUUUUUUAAAUACUUACACUAGGUUUCCAAAUCGGCAUACCUUGUAAACAAUAUAAGUAGGUUUCCAUUUUAAAUUGGUCAUUUAUUUUCAUAGAGUGGCGAAGGGUUAGACUCUAGUUUUAUUGCUGUCACUUACUGUCAAUGGGGAAGGAAAUAUGAAGAAACCAGUCUAACCAGGACAGAGGCAGCCCUGAAAUACUACAGAACUUCUAACCAUUCCCCUUCUAACCUUAAGGUUUUAGGUGCUGUUCUGCUUCAACCUUCAUAGUUAUACCCACCAUAUUUAUCAGAAUAAUUCUGUGUAAAAUAAAACCUCAUUGAUUGAUUUUAAAACAAACUAUGGAAAAUAUUUUAUGGUAAACAUGUGAAUUGUAAUAUGACUUUACUGGUUAUUUUAUUGCAGGUUGUACAUUUGUAUAAGACUAAAAGUUGUAUAUUAAACUUGCAGUGUUGAAUUUAUAUUAUUGAGAAUACAAUUUGCAUAGGGCAGCCUGUGGCAUUAUCCACUAAUUUGUAUUGAAAAGGAGGGUGAAAAACAGGUCCUAAAAAUCGAUACUGAAUAUGAGAUUGAUGCUGGAUGCUUGAUGCUGGAUCAAUCCAAAGAAUAGUUACAUUUAUGCCCACAAUUUGCAGGCCCGCCAUCAUCAGUAUUUAUAGCUUCUGUGGAUGCUUUAAGGCCAAAUUGUGGUAUGACAUAGACAUUGAAGUGCUAUAUUAAUAUGGAAAGGUUAUAAUCCCAAAUCUAGGACAUGCAUGCACAGGGGGUUCUUGAGGAGCUGUGUUUUGUAUUAACUUCUGUUUGCCACAGUCCAAAUGUAAACUGUAUGUUUCCUUAAAAUUUAAUGGACCCUGUAAGCAGGCAAGUUCCAUAAACAAAGGAAUCUAUAUUCAAAAGAGAUACAGAUACACAGAAAUCCCUUGUAUUCCCUACCCUGCUGCUGACCUAUGUAUACAUGGUAUCCUUGGCAGGAAAUUAGGAAGAAAGGCAACCGUUUUUUUAACCAUAGAACUCAUGGCACUAUUAUAGUAAUUCCUGGACAAUCUCUGUAAGAAGCAUACAUUCAGUCAUGCAGUAUAGUUUUAUAAAUUACUUUUCCAACAAACAAGGUUUUGAUAUAUAAAUAAGAAAGUGCAAAUAUUAGUAAUUUUAUAAAAAAAAAAAAGAAAACCUUCAGAACAAAAGCGAUUUGAAUUUUGGAAAUCAUCCAAAUUUUAAUCCCCAUAAGCCUGUGAAAGAAGCACAUUCAACAGAACGUCUGGACUGAGUUCCAGCCCACACAGGACAACUCCCAGGGAAAAUGAAUGCUGUCCUGCAAACUGAUAUAUAGUGUGUGGGCGUCACGGCCCUGGAGGACUACUAAUGUAUACAGUUUGCAAACCAUUAACAUUACCGUUGUAAAUAAAUAACUGUAGAUGAUGAUCAA